AUGGCAUCGUCUUCGCGUUCCCUUGAGGAGGUGUGUGCGGCGCUGAUGCUUAAGGAAGAGGAGGCAGGUGGGAUCGAGUUGGAGGCGGAGGAUGUGGUGGAAAAUUCGGAGUGCCUCAAGUUUGCAGCGGUUGAGCGCCUUCUUACGGAUCAACCAAAAAAGUUCCAGAUCAUGAGAGAUACCCUCGCGGGGGCCUGGCGACCGGGAAAGGGUGUGACCAUUAAGGAGUUACCUCUAAACCUGAUGUUAUUCCAGUUUUAUCAUGAGUUUGAUCUGAUGCGUGUGCUGGAGGAUGGACCUUGGGUGUUUGAGCAGAAUCUAGUGCUUAUUAAGCGAGUGGAAGAGAACCAGUCCCUGUUAGAUGUUGAGCUGAACGUUGCUGAAUUUUGGGUGCAAGUUCAUAAUCUCCCACUUGGAUUCAUGAGUGCUAGGGUGGCGGAGGCGGUGGGUAACCACAUAGGAUGCUUCGUGAAGGCUGACCAGCGCAACUUUGACGGUCCCUGGAAGACGUUUAUGCGUGUCCGGGUAGCGUUGAAUGUGGGGAAGCCAUUAAAGAGGAAGAUGAAGAUUAAGAAACCGAGAGGUGAGUGGUACUGGGUGGAAUUCAAGUAUGAAAGAUUACCGACCUUUUUCUUCGAAUGUGGGGUCUUGGGGCAUUCUGAGCGGUUUUGUGGUAAACAUUUCGAGGUGGGGGGUGCGGUUGGAGAGAAGCUCUACGGAGCGUGGCUGAGGGCUCCGGGGCAUCGGUCAACGGCAACGCUUGGUCAAUGA